UGAUCCCGCCCCCAGAAAGCCACGAGGCGGGCGCGGUGAAUCGCCGUUUGCUUCUGCCAUUGGGCAGUUCCUAACUGGGGGGGCGGAGUCAGGAUGGCGGGAAAUAUGAAUCUGGAAUCCGGAAGCCUCUUUGUAGAGUUCCCAGAACUGGAAAGCUGGAGUUUGUUCCACCCUGCCUGGAGGAAGAGGAGGCCGAAUGUUGCCACUAAGUCAGCCUUAACUCUCCUGGGCCGGGACUCCCAACCUUCUGCAAUAAUUGGAGCUCAUCCAUGCCAUAAACAAACCACUAUUUCUACUUUCUUCACUGCUCAGAAAGCAGGGGAAAAGACCACAGACCCAAACAAGCAGUUAACGACCUCCGCUUCAAGCAACGUUGUCAAUCUAAAAGACUCUGAAUUGCUUAGAGGGAAAAGGAUCAGGGCCCCAGCUUCUGCCCUUCAACCAUCAAGCCUGCAAGACUGCCAAAGCCAACCUGCAAAGGCCACAGAGGCUUCAGGUCCUUUUCUUUGCAAUUCUCUUUCCGCUCGAGCCCAGAGCCACCCCAGCAGCUUCCCUGUUGCUCGGGAGGAAGACGCUGUAACAAAAGGGGAGGCUUUUCUAACUACAGAUCUCAUGCGGCGCCUGAAAGAAAAGGGGGGCCUCCAGCAGCAGGUGGCUCCGGGGUCCCCCCUGAAAGAGAAAAACGAUGGCUGGCAAAGAGGAGAGAGCCCCACUUUGUUUUCUCAGAGAAGCCCAAGUUUUAAAAUAAUUCCCAACCAAAGAAUGGGUGCAGGGAAACGACGCAGACUCCUUUCCUCUUUGGCGGGCUCUACUUUUGCGGACGACUCGGACUCUGAAAAUGUGGAUCCUGACCUGGAAGCAAACCUACCAGAAGCAGCACACACGAGAGGGUUCAAUCAAAUUGGACUCUGCAGAAAAUAUAUGGACGCCACUAGCUGUGAGACCAGCUCCCUAGCUUCAACUCAGCGGCUGUUCACGCAGGACUCUGAGGGCCGCAGAGUCAUUCUGCACCGCUUUGGAGGAGAAGGAAGCAAAGCGUCCUUGGCAAAGGAGCUCUGGUGGGGCAAAGGGGCCCCUGUAAGAAGCUCCUUCAAUAAUAAGAGCGGCUUUAGGGAUGGUUGGGCUGGAGACAGAAGCCCCCCUGGGUCUCUGGGCAGGAGCGUUUCUCCUCUAACAGAACGUAGGGAAAAGUCGUGUUAUGACUUGCUAUUCACAGAGGAUUCAGAAGGCAAUAAAGUCAUUAAACACUAAGUCGUAAUUGCUCUGUGAGAUAGCGGGUGCUCGGUGCCUCCUUACAAAACAAACCUGGCUUAAAGGGCCCCUUUGUAUAUUGCCUGUGGCUGUGUGUCGCAUACCUAACUUGUUUUGUUCAACAUGCUUUCUUCGGCAUGGGAGCUAAUAAAAGAAACCGAGGAAUGCAAGCUUAAUCCUGGUGUUCUAGAAAGAUGUCAGGCUGCUCUAGAAUUGUUCCA